AAUCUGUCUCUCUCUUAUUCUCCCUCUUGAAAUCUCUCCCUCUCUCUCUUAUUCCCUCUCCCUCCCUCUCUCUCUCUGUCCAUCUCCUUCUCCCGGCUCUUCCUAUGACCAUGAGCUCCUACUUCGUCAACUCCCUCUUCUCCAAGUACAAAGCCGGGGACUCCUUGCGCCCCAACUUCUACGACUGCGGCUUCGCCCAGGAGCUGGGGGGCAGACCCACGGUGGUGUACGGCCCGAGCACGGGGGGCACCUUCCAGCACCCGACCCAGAUCCAGGACUUCUACCACGGCGCCUCCUCGCUCUCCAGCGCCCCUUACCAGCAGAACCCCUGCGCCGUCGCCUGCCACGGAGACCCGGGCAACUUCUACGGCUAUGACCCCUUGCAGCGGCAAAGCCUCUUCAGCGCCCAGGAGUCCGACCUGGUCCAGUACCCCGACUGCAAGCUGGCCUCCAGCGGCCUGGGCGAAGACGCCGACAACUCGGAGCAGAGCCCUUCUCCCACGCAGCUCUUCCCUUGGAUGAGGCCGCAAGCAGCCGCCGGACGGAGGAGAGGCAGGCAGACGUACAGCCGCUACCAGACCCUGGAGCUGGAGAAAGAGUUCCUUUUUAAUCCUUACUUAACCCGCAAGCGGCGGAUCGAGGUCUCGCACGCCCUGGGACUGACCGAAAGGCAAGUGAAAAUCUGGUUUCAGAACAGGAGGAUGAAGUGGAAAAAGGAGAACAACAAAGAUAAGUUCCCGAGCAGCAAAUGCGAACAGGAAGAGCUGGAGAAACAGAAAAUGGAAAGGGCUCAGGAGGUGGAAGAGGGCGGAGAGGCACAGGCCGGGGACAAGAAGUAGGAGCUGGAAGACUGGACAAGAAGGCAAGCCCGCCCCGGCAAAGCCUCCCUCGCCCUUCCCUUCUUCGGGCCACUUCGCGGGAGAGGUGGCUUGGUGGCGUGGUUGCUGGUUGGUACUGGUGGUGGUGGUGGUGGUGGUAGGGGGAUCGACACUACUUAGGGGAUUUGGGGGGGGAUACACACCCUCCCCUUUUAUUGCUGUAAAACAAUAUAGCUGUGAGCGUCUUCUUCUCCUGAUUGUCCUUUGAUACAUAUGAUGAACUAUAUCUAUAUUUAAAAUGGGGGGGGGGAGGGGGGGGAAAGAAGAGAGAUCUUGGGGUCUUUUUAGCCUUGUUGUUCUUUUUUUAUUUCCUCGCCAGUAAAAAUAAAUAAAUAAAUAAAUAGUAAUAGUGUAAUGCAAUAGCUUCUGUUAACCAUGACUGUGAAAAAUUCUCCCUCUCUCUCAACCCCUCUUUCCCUCUUCCUCCUUCUUUGGUCCUUCCCCUCCUUGGCACUCUUCUCCCUCCCCUCCCUUUAAUCUGGGAUGAGGCUCUCAGUGCUGUAGAAAUUAUGUAAAAAUAACAUUUCUGCACUUUGUAGGGAUCCCCUCCCCUUCUUUUCUCCUCUCCCCUCUCCUUUCUUUCUUUCUCAUAUAAAUAUAUAUAGACAAGAUGUGAAGAUGAUACCUAGUGCACUUUUGAAACCCACCGCCCCCCUCCUCUUUCCUCUCUUUCCUUGUUGUGGUUAAACUCUUCCGGAGGUAGCUCUGAAAACAAAAAAACACACACCCGACAACAUGAAACUGCCUAUUUAUGCUGUAGUUGUCUCCACUUUUUUUGGGUUGUUGUUGCUGUUGUUAAGUUCCUUCCCACCUUGUGCGGGGUUCCGUUUUGAUUUCCUUAAUGCUUUUGUCUUUCUGUGUGUACUUCUAUCUUUAAAAAGCAAGGGAGAAAAUAAAAAAGAAAAGGGUUCUCUCUCCCUCUUUUCUCUUUCUCUACUUUAGAUUAGCAUGCGCACAGUGGAAGAAGUUGUAAAAAUAAAAGUGUUUCUUUCCUUCAGCCCCCUUUCCUGGGUUUUUGGGUUCUUUUCCUCCUCCCCCUUUAGGUUUACUGUGAAAACAAUAAUAAAAGAGAAU